ACUUGGCUCUGCAAACCUCCUCCCAGCUCUCUCACCCUCUCAAAGUCACCUUGCCCCCGAAAACCCUUCCAGCUCGGCGCUCCGGCUUCGCUCGGCAAUCAUUAAUCGGCUUCUCCGCAUGCCCGGCUAUGGCAAAAUGCCCCAGCAGGUAACCCUGCCCUGGCACUCCGACAUGCAGCUGGCCAGCAAGUUGGUCCUCUCUGCUGCAGCUCUGCUCCUCCUGACCCUGGCAUACAGGUUCUAUAGGUCCCGCUCGCUUGCCGGGGGCAGGAGCCCACCUGCGGAGGUGGGAGAGGAAAGGGAAAGCGCUUCCCAGCACGGCCACGGCGAUGGGGACGGGGAGGUCGCUCUGCGGCGGAGGAGGGGGCUUGGAAAGGAUCUGGAAUAUGGUCUGGGAAGUGAGUUAGGAAGCAAGUCUGGAAGUGAGGAGGAAAGUAAGUUGAGAAGUAAGCAGGGAAGCAAGCCAGGAAGAGAACUGGCAAGCAAGAGAGGACACAAGCUGGGAAGUGAGCUGGAAAGUAAGGUGGCAAGCAAGCCAGGAAGGAAGUCAGGAAGUAAGCCAGCAAUUGAGCUGGGAAGCAAGGAAGGAAGUGAUCUGGGAAGAGAGCUAGGAAGCAAGUUGGGAAGUGAGCCAGCAAGUGAACAAGGAAGUGAGCUAGGAAGUGAGCUGGGAAAGGAGCCAGGAAUUAACCUGAAUCUGAGGAGUGAGCUAGGAAGCAAGCCAGGAAGUGGGCUGGGGAAAGAGUCAGGAAGCAAGCUGGGAAGUGAGCUGGCUAGCAAGCCGGGAAGUGAUCUAGGAAAUGAACCAGGAAGCAAGGUAGGAAGCCAGCCAGGAAGGGAGCCAAGCUCUCAUGACUCGAGGGGCACAGCCAAAAGCCCAAGCAUCUCGAGGCAGGAGGCCUCACUCUACCCAAGCUCCAAGCCUCCCCCUGCGACUGCUGAUGCCCAGACGAGAGGUGAUGGACGCACCCAAAGCACGGAGCAGGAUGUGGCCAUCAGAGGCAUGAGCCAGGAAGCUGAGGGGUGCAGGGAGCUGAUCCAGACCCUCAGCAUCACCUCAGGCUUGGGGCUAACGAUGACGGCGAGCAAUGCAGGGUCAGAUGCCUCCUACUCUUUCUCCUCGGUGGCAAAGAUCCAGGUGGAGGAGAACUACAUCACGGAGCGGAGGGUGAAGGCUGGAGCUGGGCAGACAGUCCCUGGCCUCAGAGGCAAAGUCUAUGACUACUAUGUUCAGUCUAUCUCCCAGUCCGUGGUGAAGAAGAGGCCUUCCCUCUACACCCCCCCAGGAACCUCCCAGCACCGCAGGCUGGUCAGUGAGGAGCUGAGGACCAGAUCUGCAAGCCAGGAAUCAAGCCCAGCUCCUGCCACCCAGGAAUCAAGCCCAGCUCCUACAACCCAGGAAUCAGACCCAGCUCCUGCCCCCGAGGAACCAGACCCAGCUCCUACAACCCAGGAAUCAGAUCCAGCUCCUGCCCCCGAGGAAUCAGACCCAGCUCCACCACUAGAGGAUUUCACCAUCUCUUCCAUAGCUCCACCACCCACGGGGAGCUUGGAGAUCCCCUCCGAACCGCCGUCUCCCGGCCGCAAGGUCAGCAUCCUCCAGAUUGCCGACAGCCCCCACCUCCAGCUGCCCAUGGAGGGUUUUGGGGUCACAGAAGAGGCCAAAACGCCCCCUGCAAGCCCCCAGGCGGGGCUGGGGCACGACGCUGACUUCUUCCAGACGUGGCCAGCCGCUCGUUUGGACCUGGGGAACUGCUACGAGGUGCUGUGCGCGGCCAAGGCGCGGAAGCUCGGCGAGCUGCAGGAGGCUGCCUACCAGGUGAUGAGCGACAACUACCUGCAGGUGCUGCGGACGCCUGCCAUCUACGGCCGCCUCAACGCCGCCGAGCGGGAGCUCAUCCUGCGCCGCCGGAUGAAGGGCAAGAGGUGCGUGGCCGUGGCGGACGUCAGCCCGCAGGAGCCCGGCGGCCCCCGAGCCGGCCGCCUCUGCUACUACGACGAGGCAGGGGACAGCUGGCACCACCUCUGCCACCUGCCCCCCGAGGCGAUGUCCCGGGGGUGCGCCGUCUGCAGUAUGUUCAACUACCUCUUCGUGGCGGCCGGCUGCGAGGGGGCGGGCCGGGCGGGGAGACCCUCCAACCGCGUCUUCUGCUACGACCCUUUGGCCAACCUCUGGAGGGAGAUCUGCCCCUUGAACCAAGCCCGGCCCCGCUGCAAGCUGGUGGCGCUGGACGGCCAGCUGUACGCCAUCGGGGGCGAGUGCCUGUGCACGGUGGAGCGCUACGACCCCCGGCGCGACCGCUGGAGCUUCGCCGCCCCCCUGCCCCGCGACACCUUCGCCGUGGCCCACGCGGCCGCCGCCUGCCAGGGGGAGAUCUACGUCACGGGGGGGACCCUGCGCUCCCUGCUGCUGCGCUACGCCGCCCGCACGGACAGCUGGAGCCUGGGCCUGGCCGGCGGCGGCAAGGAGAGGACGGUCGAGAUGGUGAGCACCGACGGCUUCCUCUACCGCUUCGACCUCCACCCUAGCGCGGGCAUCGGCGUCUACCGCUGCGGUGCCAAGGCCAAGCUGUGGUACCAGUGUGCCGCCUACCCCCUGCCCGACCUGCCCGGCUUCCAGUGCGCCGUGCUGGGCAGCUUGGUCCACUGUGUCGGCCGCCACUUCCAUCUGCGCUUCUUGGCUGACCACGUCUCGCCCCGCUUCGGGGCCAAGGAGCUGCAGCCUUUCCCGGAGCCCCGCGGCAGCCUCUUCCCGGCCGUCCUGGUGCUGCCAGAGGGAGGGAGGGCGCAGACGGAGGUUUGAGGGCUCCGUGCUGGGGUC